CUCGUGGGUUGCUCAGCCGGCAUCCUCUUGGAUCGAUGACUACUUCGAUUGGAUCGAUCCUGACGGCUCGCCAUACUGUUGUCGAAUGUAUCCAAAUUUGACCGACUUUUGUCCAGACACUGCACCUUUGGACGCAUGUGUUACGUGCCCGGUGGAAUUGAUCGAUGGGCGUCCGUCGGCCGACAACUUCACUGGUUACCUGGGUCGAUUUUUAGACCAGAACCCCGGAACAGCGUGUCCCAAGGGUGGUCGAGCCGCCUACCAUGAUGCCGUAUCACUUGGUCCGGGAAAUUCUGUUGGUGCAACCUACUACAUGACCUAUCAUACUGUACUCAAAAAACCGGACGAUUAUGUGGACGCCUUGAAAGGUGCUCGUAGGCUUGCAGAUGAGGUUAACACUCAGUGGCGGGCGAAUCGCUCCAUUCCAAGGCGUAGCUCCUAUCCUCCCCAAGACUAUGUUUAUCCCUAUAGCGUGUUUUACGUGUUCUACGAACAAUAUUUGACCAUUGUGAACGAAGCGGUAAUCCAAAUCGCUGUUUGCCUCCUCGCUGUGUCGGUGGUCACCUUCCUGCUUCUGGGACUCAAUCUGGUCGCAACGCUUAUGGUUCUCCUUGGGGUGGCGUACAUUGUGCUCAGUUUGCUCGCGAUGAUGGUCCUGUGGAACAUCGACUUGAACGCUUUGUCUCUAGUCAACUUGGUUGUGGGCAUUGGUAUCUCGGUGGAGUUCUGUGCCCACAUUGUUCGUGCGUUCACCAUAAGCGUCGAACCAACACGGCUUGCUCGAGCCAAAGCAUCAUUGGCAGACAUGGGCAGCUCUAUUCUUCGGGGUAUCACACUGACCAAACUGGGCGGCAUCGUCGUAUUGGGCUUCUCCAAAUCGCGGCUUUUUCAAGUGUUCUAUUUCCGCAUGUAUUUAGGAAUCAUUGUUUUUGGAGCCUACACUGGUCUCAUCUUCCUACCGGUGGUUCUGAGCUACAUAGGUCCAGGGCUGAACAAGGCGCUAGCACACAGGCAUACGAAACGUCUGCUCGAAUGUGACCUCGUGGAGCACGUGACCGAUGAAGAUGAUCACCGGAAUCGCUGAUUCGUUCACUUGGGAGUACUGGUUUUGAAUCGGCGCCCAUCUGUGAUCGGCUCGAAUUACUGCACUACCUUCCUUCUCUCAUUAUAUAUCUUUUCUACUCAUUUUGAUUCGAUCUAUUUUGUAAAUCCAUUUAUUUGUCGUCCAUCUUUUUGAUUUUCAUCCAUUAAUUAUGAACGCUCAUCUCCUGGCUCCGGUUGUCCUAAUGUUCGCUUCAUUUGCGAGCAGUUCGCUUUACCUUCGACGCAAACGUUUUUACUUUACUAUCCCCACCCUCACUUCCUCUCAGAAACGAUCUAUUACCCAUGCAUAUAAACAUACAUAUUCAUCGUCAAUAUCCCCCCUUCAUGUUCCUUCAUCUGUCGAAAUUAACCGUAUGAUCAUUUUGAGCUAAGCAUAUGUUCGUCAUGUGGCCUGGAAUAUUUUCCUGUUAUCGUCACGAUGAG